UUUUGCUCCUGUGGUUGUGAGGUUUUAUCUGCAGGCACUGGCAGAACGACACAGACCAACACAGACCUUCACACUGCAGACGAAACUCCAUCUCACACAGAUUCCAUCAUGAGUGAACACCAAUGGGCCGAAGAAGACUUCUACCCACCCCCAGGGACCUUACGUAUGGAGCUCUCAGGCCCCGUUAACGGUCAAACCUAUGUGAUGUACCACGGUACCACCAGCUCCAACGCUGACCAGAUCCUGAGUUCUGGCUUCAGGCAGUCUUCUGACGGGAUGCUGGGUCAAGGAGUCUACCUGAGCAGGGACCUGGAGAAAGCCAGCCGCUACCCGAUCGGGCACCCUGAGUACGACAGGGUGGUCAUCAAGGUUGUGGUCAACGUGGGGAAGGUGAAACGCAUCGACUAUCAGCAACAUCCCCUCCAGAAAACCUGGCACAACCACGGCUACGACACCGCCUGGGUGCCGCCCAACUGUGGCAUGGUGCCCAGCGGCCUGGAGGAGAACUGUGUGUGGGACCCGGCCAGGAUCCGGAUCAUCGACACCAUCCGACCCAAGCCCAUCAGGGCUGCAAGCAUCCAGUACCCGCCCAGGAUCGGGUUCACCAUCGGCAUUCAGUAUCAAACUGGCUGCACAUACAUCCUGGAACAGAAACUGAGCCGCUUCAGAAGUUUUCCCAGCAGCUUCAGGGAAAGGCUCGACAGUUUUAUCUGCAGAUACUCAGAGAACAAUUCAGACCUUCACACUGCAGACGACACUCCAUCUCACACAGACUCCAUCAUGAGCUCAGGAAGUCAAUACCGAUGGGCCGAAGAAAACUUACAGCUGCCGCCCGGGACCUCUCGUAUGGAGCUCUCAGGCCCCGUUAACGGUCAAACCUACGUGAUGUACCAUGGCACCACCAGCUCCAACGCCGACAUGAUCCUGAGUUCUGGCUUCAGGCAGUCUUCUGACGGGAUGCUGGGUCGAGGAGUCUACCUCAGCAGGUCCCUGAAGAAAGCCAGCCGCUACCCGAUCGGGCACCCCGAGUACGACAGGGUGGUCAUCAAGGUCCUGGUCAAGGUGGGGAGGGUGAAAGCCAUCAACUAUCAGAAUCACCCCCUCCAGAAAACCUGGCACGACCAGGGCUACGACACCGCCUGGGUGCCGCCACGCUGCGGCAUGGUGAGAAGCGGCCUGGAGGAGGACUGUGUGUGGGACCCGGCCAGGAUCCGGAUCAUCGGCACCAUCCGACCCCAGCUCAUCAGCGGUGCAAGCAACCGAGUAAAUAACAGGGCGAACUAUAAAAUAAAGGGCUGCCUGCCACGUCUGCAAGACCAGGAGGCCCUCAAAAUGCAGGAUUGGGUUGUCAGGUCCUGCGUCUCAGCUCUGGCACGCCAGGUCGCUGGAAUGCUCACAGAGUGCCAGGACGAGGGAUCCCCAAUGUUCUGGCCUCAGGUGGCUGUCCACUCCAGGUUCCUGUGCCACUGUUGCAGCAGACUGGAACGAUGCAGAGAGAGGUUCUUCCCGGACCAGGUUCUCCAGGUUUGGAGUCGACCCUUUUGCAACAGAAGAGACUCCAUCAUGAGCUCAGGAGGCCAAUACGAAUGGGCCGAAGAAGACUUCUACCCACCGCCGGGGGCCUAUCGUAUGGAACUCUCAGGCCCCGUUGACGGUAAAACCUAUGUGAUGUACCACGGCACCACCAGCUGCAAUGCCAACAAGAUCCAGAGAUCAGGCUUCAGGCAGUCUUGUGACGGGAUGCUGGGUCGAGGAGUCUACCUGAGCAGGGAGCUGGAGAAAGCCAGCCGCUACCCGAUCGGGCACCCCGAGUACGACAGGGUGGUUAUCAAGGUUCUGGUCAAGGUGGGGAGGGUGAAAUGUAUCGACUAUAAGAAUCACCCACUCCAGAAAACCUGGCACAACCACGGCUACGACACCGCCUGGGUGCCGCCCAACUGUGGCAUGGUGCCCAGCGGCCUGGAGGAGAACUGCGUGUGGGACCCAGCCAGGAUCCAGAUCAUCGGCACCAUCCGACCCCAGCUCAUCAGGGCUGCAUCUGGCUGGAUGUACUACUCCAUAAUGAGCUCAGGAGGCCAAUACCAAUGGGACGAAGAAGACGUCUACCCACCGCCGAGGGCCUAUCGCAUGAAAAGCUCAGGCCGCUAUGGUGGUCAAACCUACGUGAUGUACCACGGCACCACCAGCUCCAACGCUGACAAAAUCCUGAGAUCAGGCUUCAGGCAGUCUUCUGGUGGGAUGCUGGGUCGAGGAGUCUACCUCAGCAGGGACCUGGAGAAAGCCAGCCGCUACCCGAUCGGGCACCCCGAGUACGACAAGGUGGUCAUCAAGGUCCUGGUCAAGGUGGGGAAGGUGAAACGCAUCGACCGCCAGAAACACCGCCUCCAGAAAACCUGGCACGACCACGGCUACGACACCGCCUGGGUGCCGCCCGACUGUGGCAUGGUGCCCAGCGGCCUGGAGGAGGACUGUGUGUGGGACCCGGACCGGAUCCAGAUCAUCGGCACCAUCCGACCCAAGCCCAUCAGUGCUGCAUCUAGCUGUACGUAG